UAUCCCACCACCACAAAUAGUGUCCCACAACAAUGGCACCAACUUUCUCUCACCUCUUUCUCUCUCUUCUUUUCGUUCUUCUCAGCACUCCACCUCUGUUUUCCUCCGCAACUAGUACUGAAAAUGAUCUUUUCUUAUCUUCAAAUCUAAAUUUCCCAAAAAUAGAGGCAAAAAAGCUCAUCAGAGAGCUCAACUUGUUCCCAAAGGAGGAUUCGAACACCGGUGUGAGAGACUCUUCUUGGAUUAGUAGUGCAACGGAGAUAGUCGAAAAGCGGUUUGAAUUCCCAUAUCUUGGUGAUUCAGGGGCCACUGUUCAAGACUUGGGUCACCAUGCUGGUUACUAUCGACUUCCACACACUAAAGAUGCAAGGAUGUUCUAUUUUUUCUUUGAAUCGCGAAACAGCAAGAGUGACCCUGUUGUUAUAUGGUUGACUGGAGGACCAGGGUGUAGCAGCGAAUUAGCAAUGUUCUAUGAAAAUGGUCCUUUCCAUAUAGCAAACAACUUGUCUCUUGCAUGGAAUGACUUUGGCUGGGACAAGAUAUCAAACCUUAUAUAUGUCGAUCAGCCCACUGGAACCGGUUUCAGUUACAGUUCAGAUGAGGAUGAUAUUCGUCACAAUGAACAGGGUGUUAGCGAUGAUCUCUACGACUUCUUGCAGGCAUUUUUCAAGCAGCAUCCUCAGUAUGCAAAUAAUGACUUUUACAUUACUGGAGAAUCAUAUGCUGGGCACUACAUUCCUGCUUUUGCAGCUCGGGUUCACCAGGGAAACAAAGGAAAAGAAGGAAUACACAUAAACCUCAAGGGAUUUGCUAUUGGUAAUGGGCUCACUGAUCCUGCAAUUCAAUACAAAGCAUACACAGAUUAUGCUUUGGACAUGAAACUAAUUAAACAAUCUGAUUACAACCUCAUAAGCAAGUCGAUUCCACCAUGUGAACAGGCAAUAAAACUUUGUGGCACUGAUGGUGAAGACUCUUGCAUUGCUGCAUAUCUUGUUUGCAAUAACAUAUUCAAUAGUAUCAUGAAGGUUGCAAGUGGUACAAAUUACUACGAUGUCAGAAAGAAAUGCGAGGGGGACUUGUGCUAUGACUUCUCAAACAUGGAGAACUUCCUGAAACAGCAAUCAGUUAAGAAUGCUCUUGGUGUUGGGGACAUAGACUUUGUUUCGUGUAGUUCGACAGUAUACGGGGCUAUGCUGAUGGACUGGAUGAGGAAUCUUGAAGUAGGAAUUCCUGCACUUCUUGAAGAUGGAAUCAAACUACUUGUAUAUGCAGGGGAGUAUGAUCUCAUCUGCAACUGGCUCGGGAAUUCAAGGUGGGUUCAUGCCAUGGAAUGGUCUGGCCAGAAGAACUUUGUAGCAGCUCCCACUGUUUCAUUUGUAGUUGAUAAAGCAGAAGCGGGGCAAUUAAAAAGCCAUGGGCCUCUCACUUUCCUCAAGGUCCAUGAUGCUGGUCACAUGGUUCCAAUGGAUCAACCAAAAGCUUCACUAGAAAUGCUGAAGAGGUGGACACAAGGCAAACUUGCUCAGAGUGAGACAGAAGAUCGGCUUGCUCCCAUGUGAUUUCCCCAAACUCACCAGUUUCCUUUUCAUGAUCAACAUUGUCUUUCACAUUUGCUUUGAAAUAUGGCCUCCCAGAAGAAAUGUUCACAGUUGCUUUUAAAAAUAGGCCCGAUCAUAGUGUGUUUGUGAUUGUUACCCAACAAGCCAUUUCAUAAACUUUGUUUUGCACCGCAGAUAAGUUUUGUAUGUGAUAAUAAAUGAAGUCAGUCAUAUGAUUAUACCUUGCCAA